AGACAACAAUGUCUUCAUUGCCAAGAGCGGCGCAACUUUCCUUAUCGAAUGUUCCGUCGAUUAUGCAAGCGGUGACUUGAAGUCGGUCAAUAUUGCUAGCAAUAGAAUCGCUGACUGUGUCAAUGCUUGCGACGCUACCGAGGGAUGCAUUGACAUUAGCAUGUCUGGUACUGCCUGUUACAUGAAGAAGACGCUCGGCAAACCUACGACCAACAAUGGUAUCAGAGGCGCACGCAAGAUCAAGGAUGCACCUGUGAGCUCUAGCAGUGUUUCUUCCUCGACAAUUUCAAGCGUUGCUGUUUCUAGCAGUGUCGGUGUCAGUGUCAGCACGACCAAGGCACCCACUACUUUCUCCAUCCCCACGGCUUCGACCGCUCCUUCGACUGCCUCAUUGCCUACUGUUGACAAGGGUACUGAGUACAUCAAUUACACCAAUGUCGGUGGUUACUUCCUGCAAGAUCUUGACACGACCGUUCCCAGCACUUUUGACUACACUGCAAACAAUUUCGGCCUGAUCAAUCAGACCUAUGAAUCGGAUAAGAAGUCUGACGGCGCACGCACUCAAUGGCAGCGCUUCAACAAGUACCUCAAAUACCUGAACAGCAAAGCUCCCAAGCAUGUUGAGUACAAGUUGCUAUUUAUUGGUCGCCACGGAGAAGGCUACCACAACGCCGCUCAGACUUAUUAUGGUACACCUGCUUGGAACUGUUACUGGAGUCAACAAACCGGCAACAGCACCGUAUCAUGGCAAGAUGCCGACCUGACAGCCAAUGGUGUUGCCCAAGCCCUCAAAGCCAACGCUUUCUGGGCCCAAGAAAUUUCUCAACAACAGAUCCAGCCACCAGAGUCAUACUAUGUUUCUCCCCUGACUCGUUGCUUGAAGACCGCCAACCUCACCUUCAGCGGCUUGACUCUCCCCUCUUCAUCUCCUUUCAUCCCGACAAUCAAGGAAUUGAUCAGAGAGGGUAUCAGUACACACACUUGCGAUCAUAGGUCUAACAAGACUUACAUCUCCAAUCUCUUCCCCACCUGGAAGUUCGAAAAGACCUUUACUGAAAACGACGAAUUCUGGAAUGGUAUCACUGAGGAAUCGUCCUCGGCGCAAGAUUACAGAAGCAAAAUCGCUCUUGACGAUAUCUUCUACAACGACGACGCAAGCGUUGUAUCCAUCACCACUCACAGUGGAGAGACGAGCAGUCUUCUUCGUGUACUUGGUCAUCGCGCUUUCUCUCUAGUCACUGGCGCAGUCAUCCCGGUGCUUGUGAAGGCAGAGACAAUUAAGGUUGCUCAGGGUGCUACGACUACUACUGUUCCUUGGGAUGCUGGGGCUUGGUGUACUAAUGGUCCUCCUUUGGCCAGUAAUACUGCCUGUGUUUGCAGUAAUGGGGUUGCGCCUGUUGCUACUACUGCUUCUGGCUAGAAAUAGAGGGACUGUGAUAGCUGUGGAAUACAAAAAGACGAGUG